AACUCUUGCUUAUUUUACGUAGGAUCCGCAAAAAGAAGCCCAACGUGUCAACAGCUAUCGAACUAUGGACUAUCUUCAAAAAAAUAAACCGCACUGGAGAUUUAAUCUACCAUUCACUCAAGAAUAUAAUGAAGAAUCUCAAAAAGCAAAUAACGUAAUAUUUUAUUUUAUUUUUAUUUGUAAUUAUCUUAAAGAGAAUUAACUUUCAGGAACAAAAGGCGUUUAACAAACAAAAAUUAGAAUUGCACAAAUUUUUGGUUAACGAUUUAAAGCCAAUGUUAACUGACGCAAUAUUUAAAACAAAUAAUAUAAUAGAUUUCCUCGGUUUUUCUCCUGUUACCUCUUCAAACACAAAUAAUGCGAUUAACUCACAAGAGCUUUCAAUUGAACAUCCUACUGAUCUACAGCAACAUCAUCCAUUCCAGUUUCCGAAUCCUUUUUCUAACUCUUUGGAAUGUCUCACUUCUGAUGAUAAUAAUAAUUCAUUAGAGAAUUGUCAACGACAAAUUUCACCAGCUUCAGCAGUACACCAGAGUAGAGUUUUAGCUCUACGUGACACACGUCAACAGAAUUCCGAAUAUCAUCGAAAUCCACCAUCGACCUCAUUUUAUCAUAAUGAUUCAUCCAUGUUAAGCCGCCCUAAACCGAAAAUUAUUAACACUCAAAACUUAUCUAACCAAUUGCAAAACCUCUAUCCUGUACAGAAAGUAAAAACUAAUUAUAAUAAUAAUCAAAAUCCACCGACUAAAAAUGUUCAACAAUUACCAAUCCCUUCACUGUGCCAGAGUCAGAUUCGUACUUUUCCAAGUAUUUUUUUUAUCAAUAGUUUAUACAUUUGACAUACUUAACCUAAUUAAUUUCCAGCAAUGUACUCUGAUGAUUUACCACCUGGAUCAAUGAGUAAAUCUACAGAACAAUCUCCAACAUAUCAACAUAACUUGUCUUCAGCUUAUUUUUCUCAUCGUCAACCUUACAAACCAAAUCAAGAAUAUUAUAACCAACCAAUGUCGCACAAAAAUGGAUCAUCAUCAGUGAAUGAUCGUUAUGAUUUACCCCAAUAUCGUCAACAAUCAACAGUACGUGAAUACGCAGCUAUCGCCGACCCUGAAUUUGAUGAGAUCCCAUCAGAAUUACUCCGAAAUGAUCGCUCCGCAUACGAAAAGUACCAAUUAUCACCAUCGCUUAUUGAUCACUCUUCCUCAACAAACAUACGUUCAAAGAGAGAUGUUGAUUCUGAAAAUUUAUGUUUUGAUGAGUCUCAUGUACAAAAUCGUUCAUCACGGGCUAUGUCUACUGUGAGUCGUUCACCGAUUUCGCCACUUCAAGAUAAACGUCGCAAACGCUUACGUAUAACGAGCUCAAUGUCGUCUGAUGAUGGAGAACGAAAAAUUGAGAAAAUUUCACAGGAAUCGGCAAGGAAUGGUUCUCGCAAACCUACUUCUAAGAAAAUGACGCCAUCGGACACUCAAUUGACAUUGCGCUAUCCUGACGACGAAUCAGCUGGCACUUCGGAAUUAAUACCUCAGAGGGGUAUCUAUGUUAACACUCAAGGUUUAAAAAAUUUAAAAGGCUCGACCAGCGAUUUGAGAAGCUUUGCCAGAGGACUGUUAACAUUAAUUUUCACUGACGAGGCAAUGAAAACUUGCACCCUGUCUAACUCUAUUAGAGGGAAAAAAAAAGAAAAGGGUCAAAGUGGCGAAACCCAUUCUUAUUUAGAUCAGAAUGGAUCGAAAGUUUUGCUGGAAUACUUAGAUAUUUAUAGAAAGGAGCAGGGAUGGAAGAAGUUGGAUGAACAAACCAUCAAACAAAGCCUUCGCAACAAACUAGUUGCUAGCAGAGAAUAG